AUGAGGAAUUCGGAAUGGUGGCCAUCUGUGAACAGAAAUGAAAACUGGAACACCUAUAAAGAUGGUUUUGGUGAGCCGGAAGCCAAUCAUUGGCUUGGGCUAGACAAGAUUCACUACAUCACGACAAGUCGUCCACACCAUUUAUUUGUGCAGGUCUUUAAUAAUAUAGACUGGAAAGAAAGAUGGCGGAAAUAUGAAAACUUUAAAGUCGAAGAUGAAUCCACCAAUUAUCGUAUGACGUAUUCUGGGAGUUUUCCAUGGACCCAGUCAGAAGCAAGUGCUGAUCCUUACUGGAUCAAGGCCAUCUUGUCGACACCAUUAGGUGAUUCUAUGAUUGGGUUAAAUGGUUCAGCUUUCAGUACAUUUGACAGAGAUAAUGAUCUGGAUGCUGGUAGAAACUGUGCUCAAGAGUAUCAAGGUGGCUGGUGGUACAACGCAUGCGCAGAUUGUAACCCAAAUGGUCCUCUCAAGAAUCCUCGAAAUCCAAGCGCACUUGACGAAGCCUUUUGGAAAUAUGAUUUUAUGAAUAACUAUACACCACAUAUAGAGAUGAUUCUCAGAGCAGCUUAA